AGAUGGGUCUUCAUUUACUUGCGGUGCAUUUUUUAAAAUAGAAAAUUAGAUUUUUUUUUUAAACAGACAUUUUAACAGUUUCCAAAUGUUCGGAAAUGAAACUUAAAUGGCAUGACUAUUUUGUUUUAACUAGUCAUAUUGCAUUUGAUAUUCACACCUUGAAUGCAAGCGCAAGGGUCCGGCGGGAUAACUCUCCAGAUGUGAGAUUUCGAGGGGUGGGAGUGGCAGUGUUGUCCGCCCUACGAGCGCCAUCUGUACGGUCAUCAGUCAAGAAACUGCCACAGCAAACAGCGAAACAUGAAGAUGGACAGUGUCAGCCGUUGCUACAAUUUGAUUUGGCUCAGAAUGCUUUUGAUGUGCGUUAUCUUCUGUGUAGUGAGAGCUCAAGAACGAAAAUGUCAAUGCCAAAAAGUAAAAGGUUGCAACUGGACACCCAGGAAAGAAGCCAUACUUAGAAAAAGAGCAAUUGCGAAAGAAAAUGUAGCAGUUGGCAAACCGGCGAAAAUAACUUCAACUCACAAAGACCCUGCAUCUGGGCCAGCUUGUCUUGCUGUUGAUGGAUCAAGGGCCACUAAAUAUACUACCGAGAAAGGAAAGCUUAGCUGUGUAUCAAGUGGCAGGGACGACAAAGCUCCUGUUUGGGAGGUCAAUUUAAACGGAACGUACCAGAUUACUCUCGUCAACGUUUACUGGGAUGAAGAGACUAAGGACAAGCACUCAGGCGCCAUCCUGCACGUGGGCGCCAGGCAGUGCAACGUAUUUAAGGAGAUGAAUACAAACCCGUCAGUAUCUUGGUGUAACUUGGUUGGAAAUAUCGUUAAGAUAUCUCUGACUGGCGGCAAAGUUGGAUCUGACAACUUUCUCCGGCUCUGCGAAGUUGAAAUAUGGGUUUGCUAUCCUGGAUUUUUUGGGAAAUACUGUAACGAUUCCUGCAGCAGUAAAUGCGGUGAUAACAUGGCGUGCGAUCUCGUUACUGGAAAAUGUAAAACACCAAUUAUAGAACCACCUGAAGAAUGCACAUUACCACCAAAAGCGCUGCUGAUUGCGGCCCUCUCUAUUCCAAUUGGGUUGAUCAUCUUUAUUAUAUGUCGGCUGGCUGGUUCGUCAAAAGAAGAUACUCCACCAGAAGAAACUGAAGAAGGAGAGAAGGUGGAAGGAGAAGGUGAAGAAGGAGAAAAGGAAGGAGAAGGGAAAGAAGGGGGAGAAGAGGCAGCCUCAGAAGCAGGCCCAGAUAAUGAGUGAGAUUGAACUCGCCUUACAAAAGCGCUUCGUGCUUGCCAUGUGUACAUUGUGUCAACUAUAUAAUAAAAACUGACAGUCUCCAUCAUGUUCUCAUUAUUUAGUUGUACACACAGCUUUCGGAGCUAUUUUGGUUGUCAUUGUAAGUACAUUUUGAUAGACGCUACACACUAUAACAAUAUUUUCAACUUACGUUUUCGGUUGCACACACAAAGGACUGGUGUAUGCUGCUGCUUAUAAGAGACACAUUUGCUUUAGACAAAUGGACUAUUUUAAUAGCUUUAAGCUUCUCCAGGUUAUAUGUAUAUAACAGGAUUAAGCGCAAAAAAAAUUCCAUUUGAAUUCGCCAGUUGCGGUUGCAUUGUGGUAUUCGAAAGUUUUCAUUUUCAAUUAAUGUUGCUUUUAUGUUGAUGAAGUCGUUGCAUCUGAUGAAUAAAAUUAAGAU